AUGGCGAUCCUCGACACGCAUUUUCAAUGGAACCGAUGGCCGCGACGAGUCUACUGCGUGGCCGCCAACAUUCCCAGCGAUGAAGCAUACAAUAUCCCAUACGAUGUGGUGAACUGCCAACCAGGAAGUGCAGAAGCUUUUAAGCUGUAUGCCGACCAGAUAAAGGAUCUGAAGACCUCAAAGGUGCCGCCUCCUAGACUGGUUGCGAAGCGCUACGUUCCGACCGAGAAAGCAAACAGUUGUGGACAGGGUGUAACACUGCUCACUUUAACAGGCAUGGGAGUACCCAAGGAGAUGUUUGAACCCAUACUCGAAGACCUACUUCCUCAACUACGAAGCUCCGGUGUCAAGGUAGAAGAGAUCUGGGCCGCGGAUAUGCCUCUAAGUGGCGAGACAGCCAAAGCCAACCUGAUCGGCUACUUCUACGCUAAAUGCUGCACGGCCAACGAGAAAGAUAUUACUCGAGACCUUCUCCUUUUCAUCACGGCCUACCUCCCAAUAUGCCCCGGCGGGGACCUGCCAACUCAUCUACGACCUCGCAGACCGACAUCCCAACCCCGUCAACCCACGCGGCCGAAUCUCCACGUUGUCGCACACAGCCUCGGUGCUCAAGCUGCCAUGCUUGCAUGUGUCCAUGCCCCGACCGUGUUCGGAAGCCUCACAGUAAUUGACCCUGCUAUGAUUCCUGCUGGCAAGACCAACGACACCAUGGCCAAACUUCCCAAAGAAGCUCUCUGCUGCGGCCUGCCCGAGCGGUUUGCCGACCGCGCCUCCGUGAUAAAGGAGCUCCGCAAAAACAAGCGGACCAGGAAUUGGGACUAG